UACUGUGUGUGGGAGAGAGAGAAGAGAGGAGAGAGAGAGAGACGCGCAGGCGCAGCGACAAUUGAAACUGACAGGCAACAUAGUGCAGUAUUCCCUCCGACCGUUCAGCGGAUUCAAACAUUGCUCUCUCCCUCGCGCAUCCCGACGAAAGACAACCAGAACCGGUGGGAGCACACGUUCACACCCCGACACUGUUGAAAUCAUGAACACAAAACAUAUCACCGUGGGGAAUGACUUUGGGAACCCUUUACGAAAAUUCAAACUCGUCUUUCUUGGAGAGCAAAGCGUGGGGAAGACGUCUCUGAUCACGCGGUUCAUGUAUGACAGCUUUGACAACACGUAUCAGGCAACAAUUGGAAUUGACUUCUUGUCAAAGACCAUGUACUUGGAGGACCGAACGGUAAGCUCCUCAGUGCGGUUGCAGCUGUGGGACACGGCAGGCCAGGAGCGCUUCAGGAGCCUCAUCCCCAGCUACAUACGAGACUCCACUGUGGCCGUCGUGGUCUACGACAUCACAAAUGUGAACUCGUUUCAGCAGACCUCCAAAUGGAUCGACGACGUGCGAACAGAGAGGGGGAGCGACGUCAUCAUCAUGCUUGUGGGCAACAAGACUGACCUGGCAGACAAGAGGCAAAUCACGAUUGAGGAGGGUGAACAGCGAGCCAAGGAGCUGAGCGUGAUGUUCAUCGAAACCAGCGCCAAAACGGGCUACAAUGUCAAACAGCUCUUUCGGCGUGUGGCUGCUGCUUUGCCAGGGAUGGACAGCAUGCAAGACAUGAGCAAAGAAGGCAUGAUUGACAUCAAGCUGGACAAACCACAGGAGCCACCGACCACUGAGGGUGGCUGUUCCUGUUAAUAUCAAACUCCUGAUUGGGCAGCUUCAUUUACACCACAUGCUUGUUGUGUUGCUUCCUAUUGGUUAGCCUCCAGUUGAGUUUUCAGAUUGGAUAUUUGGCUUUCACAUCUGACUAUUGGUCAUUGGUUGGAACUAGUGUUGCAUCAAUUUCAGUUGUAAAAUAGUGUACUUUAUUAAUGAAAUUGCCAAAAACGUCUUAAAAAUUCAAAAAGAAGGGGGAAAACGGAUGAAAAAAAGAGUUAAGAAACUCCAAACCUGUAUACAUUUUUGAAGAACUAGGAUGGUAGUUCCUUUUUUCUUUUGGUUUUGUAUUUUUGUAUACUUAAGGAAAAGCACUAAGAAAAUGCAGACAAACAGGUACUCACCUUGCUAUAGAAUGAACUGUAGAACAAGCAGUUCACUAGCUAGAGGGCAAAGUAAACUAUACUGACUGAAUAGCUAAAGCAUGCAUGUGAUCAGUUAUUUUGAUUUAAUUGUUCAUUUUUUUUUUUAUCUAGAUGCUGUCUGCUGAUGUACACUGUUUGACUUUAUAAAGGCUUACUUACACCUGUGAUCUUAAGCACUAUGUUGAAAUGUACAUUUUAUUAUUUCUUUCUUUGUUUAUUUGUUUUGUUGUUUUGGUCUGUGAUACGGCCUUGAAACCUGGAGAAUUUAUUUUGCUUCAUUCUUUUUUUUUUUUUUUUAAGAAAUCGUUUGGUUUCUCUUCUUUUUCCAGCAACAUAUGUGCAUCUGUAAAUGUACGCUAUCUACAGUAUGUAGACAACUUUAGAGUGACACUGUAGAGGGUAAACACCGCUCCUGAACUCGGUCCAUAGCCACACUGUCAAGUGAUAGGGAGGGAUGUUUGUUUGAUCUAAGAAGGUUUACUCUCUUAUUUGUUUCCACCGAUGUGCUGUACUUCACACGUCACACUCGUUUUUUUGCUCGGUCUCUGUGAGCUGUCCUUCCCUGCUGCUGCGCUGUGCUGUAUCGGUGUCGCUGUGCUUUUUUAUUCUCUCACACCCACACAUACACACACACACACACACACACACACACACACACACACAAACGCCCCACAUGUGAUCGACAAAAGGCAAGUUCAGUCACAGUCCCCGAAACUUUUGCCUCAGCCGCAAGCCCAUUCGCCCACGCAAACUAAAUCAGGAUCAUUGAAUCAACCCAGACGUGAAUAGUAACUAGUGUGGUGAAUUUAUCCUGAACUGGGUUACCAAAAUACAACGGAAUGGAAAGGAGUCAGUUCACAAGAAUCAGACUUAUGUUGGAAUCCUGUGCAAUAUAUUUGUCGGUAAAUGCCUGUCAUGUAAACGGGCCAAAGCUUUUACCUGCCCAAGUUCUGGUAUCCCGAUUGAGGCACAGGUAACAUGACAGACCAGUGAGCAGCAUCACCCCCUCCUGAUCUCAAAUAUACUUCUUGUGAAUCUCUUAAUGCACUUUUUUGUAAAUGAAAACAACUCAAGAGAGAGAAAAAGAUGAAACCAUAUUAAUGUUCCAACAUAAAUGUGUAAACUAUAGAGUUCUUGUAGUCCUACAUUCACCUAGAAAUAAUGAGCUGUAACAUUCUUACCUGUCUCUUAAGGAACAUGUCAAGGGUCCCUGUGAACUGAUUUGUGUGAUGACGUGCUUCAUAUUUCUGCCGUUGCCAGUGAAGAUUCCAUCCUGUGUUGAGAAAAAAAGUCAAUAAACAAUAAAUAGCUAAUAGAUAUUAAUAGAUAUUAUCAGUUCAGUCUUCUCCCGAAAGAGCCAAACAAUGGAUUGGGCUUGAGCCUUGCUUUCUACGCAUACACUUCAGGGGGAUCAUAGUUCUUCCCCACAAGCAUCCUUCUUUGUGGCAUUUGUGUUUUCACGGGGUAGAUGGUAGGUUUAUUAUUGGCAAGUGGUGGCUGAUUAACAGUGCACCUAGCAGAGGCAUGUUCAGAUACACUUGGUUUAUUUUUCCAUACAUAACUUGAGUAUCCUUUCUGUUUGGGUGUUAAUAUUGCUUUGGUGGCUUCGUGGUAUGCAUCAGCCUUAAUUUGCAGCCUUGAAUCCGUGCGUUCCUGAUCUUUCAGGAAUGCACUGCACUUUCAUCUUGAUGUUUUCCACUUUGCAUUCAACUUGUUUGUAAAAACAUGUGCAUGACCUGCAGCAAUGAUCCUGGAAGAGAUUUCCAGAGAAUUUCAUGGAAAGGGUGAGGGAAAUGCAGGCUCAUUGUUAAACUACACAGGAACAGUUGCUUAACUCCAAAAUUAAAUUCCACUGCAAGUCGAAAAAGAUUGAAAUCAAAGUUGAAAACCACACUCUGAAGGACUGUUGAUAAGUCUUUAUUGGACUGUCUUCAAAGUCAAAAUUUCCUGGAAGUUUCAUUACACAAUUUUGGGCUUUAUUCUCCAGCAUCUAGUCUACUAUUGUUUGUAUUAUCAUAAAAACAUAAACAAGUCCAGCGAUGCUCAGCAGUUCCAGAGAACAGGUUCAUUGUUAAAUUAUACACCUGAAAUUGUAAAAGAAACAAACCCAAACAACCUUGGCUUACUAAGGAAGCUGUUGUCACGAUGCCACUGGUGGCCCAGUCUUGUUUGUUUGUGUCCUUUAGCCAGUUGAUUUUCUACUGGCCCUCAUACAGCGCAAAAAGGCCACUGCUCUCUGUCUGUCUUGCUAGUAAUCUGCCACUUGUUGCUUAUAUGGGAUGGGGAAUAAAUGGGAGGAGAAAUGGGUAUUUAUUGAUUCAAUAAGUUGACAUUCAGUUUUGCACCUAAAGACAUCUGUACAAUAUUUUGUGUCUGUGUGUGCAAUUGCUUGUGUAUGCAAGUGUGUGAGUAUAUGUGUGUGUGUGUGUGUGUGUGUGACUUCUUGGUCCAAAGUUGAGCACUCACCUGUCCUCUCCUUAGACGAUACAUGAGAGUGAAGAUUCCUCUCUCGCUCCUUUGUAAAAAAUGUUGAACUCACUGUUGUUUUUUUCCCCCCUCCUUUUCCCACUAAGCCAAAACUCAGUUGGGGCGUGGCAAGGGGAUAAGUCUGCUUGUGAGAGCCAUAGCAUGCCCUCAAUUGUGGGAACGGGACGACACUGGGGCAGUGACACCCCAUCGUGGGAAGAAAGUGUGUCGUCUGACCUGUUUGAGAAGGGUGAGGCCAUCCCUAGUGUAUAUGUGUCAGCUCCCUGAAGCAGACCUGGUUGGUAGUUUUCAGAGCUGGCUCUUCAUCCACACUGUACAGAGAUCUAGCAUGUCUGUCCGAAUCGAUAAAAUCAAUAAAAAUGUCUUAUUACCAACA